UGCAUGUUUUUAGGGAUGUUUUCAGAUAUUUUUAUUAAUGUGUUAAGGGACUCAACAGUGUUUAAAGAAUUCCUUAUAUGGUCCGAGUAAUUUUAUUGUUCUUAUCAACUUAAAUGUUCCCAAAACUUAAGGGGAAUGAAAACCAAAAUAAAGCUUUAUAUGAUGGAAUGAGUUAAAACGAGUGAGCAAUAGAUAUAUGUAAUACAUUAGUGAUAAACACAAUAAUUGAAUUGAUCAUCAAAGACCAUAUUUCUCCUUAUCUAAACUACUUUUAAAUUAGAUUAAAUUGAAUUUCAGGUACAUUUCCACACACACACACAUACAAACACAGGAGUUCGUUCAUCUGGGAGUGUCACUCAAAACAGAGUUCACUUCAUGUCAGAUGGGAGGCAGAGCCAAAAGGUGGAGAAGGAGCUGACAGACUCCGCCCACUGCGAUGUCACAUGAGAUCAGAGCUCAAACCGGUUCGACUUCUGAGGAAGAGAAACUCACACAGCCGUCAUGACUGAGAGGUGAAAUGGCGCAGACAGGAGUUCAGCUGCAGAGAGAAACCUUCUCUUGCACCAUCUGUUUGGAUCUGCUGAAGGGUCCAGUGGCUCUUUCCUGUGGACACAGCUUCUGUAUGAACUGUAUUAAAAACCACUGGGACACAGAGGAGGAGAAGAAGAUCUACAGCUGCCCUCAGUGUAGAAAAACCUUCAUGCCGAGGCCUGAACUGAAGAAAAACACCAUGUUAGCAGUUUUAGUGAAGGAGCUGAAGAAGACUGGACUCCAAGCUGCUCCUGCUGAUCCCUGCUAUGCUGGAGCUGAAGAUGUUCCCUGUGAUGUCUGCACUGGCAGGAAACAGAAAACGCUCAAGUCCUGUUUGGUUUGUUUGGCCUCUUACUGUGAGGAACACCUCCAGCCUCAUUAUCAAUCACCUCCAUUCAAGAAACACAAGCUGGUGGAGCCGUCCAAGAACCUCCAGGAGGACAUCUGCCCUCGUCACGGCGAGGUGAUGAAGAUGUUCUGCCGCACUGAUCAGCAGUGUAUCUGUUAUCUCUGCCCUGUGGAGGAACAUAAAGGCCACAACACGGUUUCAGCUGCAGCAGAAAGGGCGCAGAAGCAGAGAGAGCUGGAUCUGAGUCUACAAGAAAUCCAGCAGAGACUCCAGGACAUAGACAGAGACAUGAAGGUGCUUCAACAGGAGAGGAAGACACUCACUCUCUCUACUGAUGAAGCAGUUGAGGACACUGACAAGAUCCUCACUGAGAUGAUGUGUCUCCUGCAGAAGAGAAGCUCUGACUUGAAGCAGCAGAUCAGAUCCCAGCAGGAAACUGAAGUGAGUCGAGUCAAAGACGUUGAGGAGAAGCUUCAGCAGGAGUUCACUGAGCUGAAGAAGAGAGAAGCUGAAUUGAAGAAACUCUCACUCACACACGAUCACAACCAGUUUCUCCUCAGCUACUGCUCACUGUCAGCACUCAGUCCAUCUACACACUCGUCCACCAUCAACGUCCGUCCUCUGAAAUACUUUGAGGACGCGACAGCAGCUGUGGCAAAGGUCAGAGGUCAACUACAGGACGUCCUGACUGAGACGUGGACAAACGUCUCACUGGCUGUGGCUGAAGUAGAUGUUUUACUGACAGAACCAGAACCAAAGACCAGAGCUGAAUUCUUCAGAUUUUCACGGGAAAUCACACUGGAUCCAAACACAGCUCACACAGAUCUGUUUUUAUCUGACGGAAACAGUAAAGUAGCAUUAAUGUUGGUAAAUCGGUUUUAUUGUGGUCGCAUGAACAGAUUCACUUUGUGGUAUCAGGUCCUGAGUAAAGAGAGUCUGACUGGACGUUGUUACUGGGAGCUGGAGUGGACAGGAGGAGGAGUUUUUGUAGCAGUGACGUACAAAAACAUCAUCCAAUCAUGGAAUUCAUAUCAGUGUGGAUUUGGAUCCAAUGACAAAUCGUGGGCUUUAGUUUGUGAACAAAACAGUUGUGAGUUUCUUCACAAGGGAAAAUGCACUAUAGUCUCAGAUGGUGUGUCCUCCAGAGUAGGAGUCUACCUGGAUCAAAGAGCAGGUCUUCUGUCUUUCUACAGAGUCUCUGACACCAUGACUCUCCUCCACAGAGUCCAGACCACGUUCACUCAGCCUCUUUACGCUGGAGUUAGUCUUUAUUGUUCAUCUAAAGACACAGCUGAGUUCUGUAAACUCAAAUAGAGUUGAGUUCUUUCAGGAGCAGUGAGUUAAACUCAAUCAAAUUUGGUGGUGGUGGAAGCGUUUGUUUCUCUUCAGCUUCACGAGCCUAACAGAGAAAAAUGAGCAGAGCUUUAUUUUAUCACCAAAUUUUGUCUCCUCACUUUGUAAAGAUGCAAAUCUAUAAUCACAUUUUAACAUUUGUGUCUUUUCUGUCAUGUUGAGGUGCAACAUAGUGAUUCAAAGAGAAAACAAGCAAUCAUCAGACUUUCUCUCUGCGUAUUUAUCCAUUGUUGAUCGGUUUAUUCCUUAAAUCAACUUUAUUUUGGUUGUUUUAAAGUGUAAACUGGUUUCAAAAACUUAAAGAUUGCAGGAUUACACAAAAAACGUUUGAACUGAUCUCUGGAAUGGAAUUUUGAUUCACAUCCAGAAAAUGGUGCAGGUCCAGGAUUUUGUUUUGUCUCUUUUUUUAAUCUAAUCUAUUAUGUGCAAUUGUUUGUUGACUCAGAACAAUUUUAUGGGGUAGUUCAGUUAGUUUUUUUAAGUGAGGUUGAAUGAGGUAUUGACACGUUAUCACCCUUUAAAAAGGGCUCACUUAAGAAAAUAUACACCUAAUUAAGUCUAUUAUAAUACAUAAGAACAUGUAUGCUGGUUUUACUCACUGUCAUACAAUAUUUUCUGGCUGAAAAUAGAAGUUUUGUAGUUCAUCCUGCACCAAACUCCAUGGAGAAAAUCACUGUUUUUAGCUCAAGGGGACACAGGAGCUGCUGCUCUGCUGCUGCCCCGUGUGGUCAGUUUGUGUCACUGAGGUCAAUCCUAACAAAGUAUUUCCAACACCGAAGUCACAAGAUAACAUGUUUGAACUUACUGAUGAAAGCAGCAGUGGAUCAGCAACUCCUGUGUGUCGUGCUGUAAAAAUCACUGUAUUUCUCUAUGGAGUUUGGUGCAGGAGGGAGUGAGCUAAAAACUGCGAUACUUUAUUCAACCACACUUAAGCAGUAAGUUGUUUCAGGUUUUAAUGUGUUUUAAUUCUCAAUAAGUAAUGCAGUUUUAAUAAUUUACUGUGGUAUAUAGGGGUAUAUAUUUUAAAUUAAAUAUGAAUAAUUGAAUGUAACUGAAAUAUUCAAUAAAUCACUGCAAAUUUAAAGUUGUAGUCGAUGUUUUUUCUGUUUAUGUUCAAACAUUCCCGGCCUCAGUGUUUCCCCGAAACGGGAGACUUCGCGCUCUUUUUGUUUUGUCUGGAAAUUUGCUGAAUGCCAGUGGCAAAGUGAAACUGUAAUGAUGUUGUUUUACUCUGUGACAAGACUCAUGAUAACAGAAGCUUAUCGGGCUGGUCCAGCCCACGCAGCUCAUUAUUUCUCAUCAGUCUCUUGAUUGUUUCAGUCCAUUACUGCCAACAUUUACUGAACCCGCUGCACUGAAUUCACAAUUUACCGUCCUCACACUUAAUGUGUCAAAAUAAAAACUGUAUUGAAAUUGAAAAGUAUUAUGUACAUAUUUGCACCAUGACCAUGCAGUUUUUUCUUUUAGUUAUUUAAAGUAGGAUGAAGUCAUCCUACUGCAGAGGAACAGCACAUUUUAGAUGUUUUGGAGAUAAGGUCAGAGAGGCCAGAAUGAGAUGGUUUGUUCAUGUACAGAGGAGGGAUAGUGAGUAUAUUGGUAGAAGGAUGCUGGGGUUGGAACUGCCAGGCAGGAGGUUGAGAGGAAGACCAAAGAGAAGGUUUAUGGAUGUAGUGAAAGAGGACAUGAAGUUAGUUGGUGUGCGAGAGGGGGAUACAGAGAACAGGGUUAGAUGGAGGAGGUUGAUUCGCUGUGGCGACCCCUGAAGGGAGCAGCCGAAAGGAAAAGAAGAAGAAGAAGUAGGAUGAAGUCAUAGUCCUAAUUUAUGUCCUUUUGUUCCUCUUUUUGACUUUUUCACUUUCAGACUGAUCUUUUAUCACUUCUCUUUUUCCACAAUGUCUUCAAACUUUUUCCUCACAUUGCUCACGUUGUGUGAGGCGAACAGUUGUCUCAUUUAAUUCCGUGUUGUGUUUCUUUUUUUUCUUUUUCUCUCAAUAUUGAGGUUGAGAACAAAACAGCAUACAGCCAAAAGAUAGAGCACAUGCAAAAGAUGUUAACCAAACAGCAGCUGGAUUUACAGGUGAGCGAGUGUGCGGUACGAAAAGGACCUUGGCAUUUGAUUGUUGUGUUUAUUAUGAAGG